UGUCAUUGUGAUCUGUGUACUGCAUCUAGAUUUGACUGUGGUAACAGAGUCCUGACCGGUAAUCAUUCAAUUAAAGAAGGGAGAUUAUCUUCACAGGAAACCUUGGGACAAACUUAUCUUACAGAGGCUGGACCAUAAAAUAUCUUAUAUGAAGAAUGCUGAGCUGUACUGUGGCAUAAACGGUCAGAGAAGAAGAAAUAUAACGACCAAUCAAACGAGAACAACAAUCAGAGCCAACUCCUGUCAGGUAUGAAGAUGUCCUACAAAGUCAGCUACUCUCCUCCCCUGCGUGCACGCACACCACCGCCUCAGCCGUGCCAUAAAGUGUGUGACGUAGCCUUCAGCCCCAGCAUGAAAGGGCAAACUCUGCUCAGUCAGGCAGACUGUGCAGUGCUGUGCGGGUCACAUCCACCUGGUGACGGCGUCUCGGCUCUGAAAGCUCACCUGUGGCCGGACGGUGCGGAGAAAUACUCUGGGAUGGCGAGGCUGCUGAGGAAAUGUCAGAUCACAAACCAACUGGUCAGAGAGUGCAUGGCUGAAUGCCUCGGAGUGUAUGUCCUGAUUCUGUUUGGAUGCGGCUCCGUUGCCCAGGUGACCACAACUGAAGAUAAGAAAGGGCAGUACCUGUCAAUCAAUCUGGGUUUUGCUCUGGGAGUAACAUUUGGGAUCUUUGUGUCUCGUGGAGUCUCAGGUGCCCAUCUGAACCCUGCUGUAUCUCUGAGCUUGUGCGCUUUGGGCAGACAUCCCUGGAUGAAGCUGCCUUUCUACGUCUUCUUCCAAGUGCUCGGAGCCUUUCUGGCUGCAGCCACCGUUGGCCUGCAGUACUACGAUGCCAUCCAGGCCUACAGCAGAGGUGAGCUGACAACAACGGGUCCCACUGCCACAGCAGGCAUAUUUGCCACCUACCCAGCUGACUACCUCAGUGUGUGGGGAGGAGUCGUGGACCAGGUGAUUGGCACGGCUGCACUGCUGCUGUGUGUCCUGGCUCUUGGAGACCGGGGGAACAGCUCCGUCCCUGAUGGUCUUCAGCCCGUACUGGUGGGAGCAGCAGUGCUGGUUAUUGGCAUCUCGAUGGGCUCCAACAGCGGCUACGCCCUCAACCCCGCCAGGGAUUUUGGACCUCGACUGUUCACGUACAUCGCUGGCUGGGGAGUGGAUGUUUUCAAGGCUGGAGGUGGUUGGUGGUGGGUGCCCAUAGUGGCUCCCUGUGUUGGGGCACUGCUGGGAACUCUGAUCUACGAGCUGAUGAUUGAAGUCCACCAUCCUCUCAGUCCAUCGGAGUUACAGACCUCAUGUCAGGAGCCCACUGAGGGCAAGACGGGGCUGGAGCUGGAGGGGCUGGAGCGAGACUGUGAAAAACCCACUUAGUGGUAAAUGAAGCUGUGUCAAAGAAGUACAACUGUCACAUAUACAGUAAAUGCUACUUUUGGUGUGAUACCCA